CUGGUUUAGCACAGUUUAUCCCGUCCAGCGCAAUUUUGACCGUAGAUCAAAAUAUCUGUAAUAUCUAAUAGCCCUCGAAACUGCCCCACGGCCCUUCUCUCAGCAGCACGAGCUAUCUCUCAGCCCACGAUCCACACUACUAACUCCCCACUCUGUCCGGUUUUGCUGGACCUCGUUUACGACGUUGCUUUCUUCUUCUCAGUCCCCCCUCUCCUCCCACUACGGAAAAGCUUUGCGAGGAAGGAGAUAGGAGUAGAGCUGCAUGACUAUUGCUUUACAGCUCCUUUGCGUCUUGAGGCCUCCAUCUCGCAGGAAUCAGAGAUCGGUCGCCGAGGUGGAGAGUGAUGAUCUUGAUCUGAACCAUGAUGCGCGUCGCAGCAGGCGAGAUCGCCACCGCGGUCAUCGCCGAGAGGACGGAGAUCAUGCGCAGCGAUCCCAUGGCGGAGCUUCCAAGGGCCGGCUCAUUAGAACUUGUGGCUCGCAUUUGGAUCGUGAACUAGGAACAUCAAGUCGCAAUGGCCGCGAAGGUUAUUAUCCUGGCAACAGCAGCAAUGCAAGAGUUUCUAAUACAAUGCUAACUCACUUGGGACUAACUAGAAAUGACCAGCUUCCUCGGCCGGUAGAAGAGGCAAGAUUAAGGCUUGUAGAGAGACUUAGAAGUGUGUCACUAACAGAUAACAGGCAAAGAGCUCCAAAUGCUCAUGUUCCUUAUAACGAACCAGCACUUGGUGAUGUUUUUAAUAUUUAUAAUGUAAACUUGACUCCAAACAUUGUGAAUACUGAAUCAACCAUAUCAAUUAAGAAGAAAAUUCCGCCGCAUCGCUGGGACGCUUUCUGUGCCGCCAAAGGAGAGACUUUCAGGAACCCUGAGGAGAAAUAUGAAGAUGGAGUAAUGGCUGCACCGACUGAAUGUUGCAUAUGUUUGGAAGGAUUUAGAGAAGGAGAUAAGCUUAUCAAAUUACGUUGCAGUCAUAAGUUCCAUCCUGGUUGUUUAGAGCCAUGGGUUCGGUCUUCUGCUGUUUGCCCCUUAUGUAGGGCAAAUAUAACGGAAAUUUGAUAAUCUAUGUAAUGUUCUGAGAUAGUUAAAAUGCUUCUUAGGUUUUGGGUCUUGUUCUUAGUUUAACUGAACAGUGUGCUUUUUAGGUUUUGGGUCUUGUAGGGCAGAUUUAACGGAAAUUUGAUAAUCUAUGUAAUGUUCUAGAGAUAGUUAAAAUGCCCUUAGGUUUUGGGUCUUGUUUUUAGUUUAACUGAACAGUGUGCUUUUUGUGUGAAAAUAGAGAUGAAGACCAGAUAUUUGGAUCUGGCA